AUGUGUAGAUUUCUGGUCUACAAAGGCUCUAAACCUAUAAUUCUUUCGAAACUAGUCACUGAGCCAUCUCACAGUAUCCUUACACAGUCCUACGACAGCCGUCUGCGUCUCGACAGUCGUCGCCCGGUCAAUGGAGAUGGUUUCGGCGUCGGUUGGUACACUGAGCCCGAACUAGGCCCUGAUCCAUGUAUCUUCACUUCCACCCUGCCCGCCUGGAACUGCGUGAACCUCGAACGAAUAGCGCCCAAGACGGCUUCCAGGCUGAUUUUUGCCCAUGUCCGAGCCACCACGGAAGGUUCCCUGGCCGAGAACAACUGCCACCCUUUCCAGCACAAUACCUUGAUGUGGAUGCACAACGGCAACAUUGGAGCGUGGAAGUAUGUCAAACGCCCCUUGUCCGACAGCAUCGCCGAUAAAUGGUUUCUCGGCGUGAAGGGCGGAACGGAUUCCGAAUGGGCCUUUGCACUCUUCCUCGACAUCUUGGAACGCGAAGGCGUCGAUCCCAGUUCCGCACCCGAAGGGGGAUUCGACGCGAAGAUUCUGCGACGGGCAAUGAAGAAGACCAUUGCUCAAAUCAACGCCUUCGUGAAAGCCGUCCCGCCCGAAUACCAAUUACCGGAUGUCGAGACGAGAAGUCUCCUCAACUUCGCUGUCACCGAUGGCCAUUCUGUUAUUGUAACCAGAUAUGUGAGUAGCAAAACCGAUGCGGCGGCGAGUCUGUACUACUCUUCUGGGACGGCGUGGGUGGAAGGGAAAACGAAGGGUCAAUUCCGCAUGGAACGGAGAGAUAAAGCCUCGGACGUGGUUCUCGUGGCCAGCGAACCGUUGACCUUCGAACGACACAAUUGGCUAUCAGUGCCCACAAAUACAAUGGUGACAAUUUGCCAGCAGACGGUGUAUGUCCGCCCGAUCAAAGACGAGUUUUAUGACCCAGAUCCCUCGACAGAACGCUCAACAGGAUUCGCGCGGUCGAAAGGCUUAGUGUCCAAAGCCCCCGGGGGGAGUGCAGAAACACCUUCCACGAUCGCUGGCACCCCUCUUCCGCCGACGGAGGUCGAGUCUCCAGGCGGUGGCUACAUGAUGAAAGAGAAUCUGGAUGAAUUUCGGGCGAAGAUGGCGGAGUUGCAGUUGAAAAAUGGGACGACAACGAAUGGGACGACUGAGCAAGUCAUAAUUUGA